CUAAAAAGGCCCUAUUUUCCUCUGCCACUCUCAAUCCUCGCAGAUAUUAUUGAAGAACAACAAUGUCUGUUACAGCGGGUGUGAGUGAUACUGUAAUUGCUAUUAGGGAUAAGCUCAGAGGCAAAAUUGGACAAACCAAGGUCAAGCGUUACUGGCCUGGAAAGGCCCCAGAGUGGGCUGAGGAUGCUGAUGAAGAUGCCCAUAUUGGCACCGCCAGUGGAGCUUCCAUUGCACUAGAAAAGGCCUUCCCCAGUCGGGAAGAAGAUGUCGGGAUUGUUAAAAAGGAUGAUCCUAGGUUACGCCGUUUGGCUGAGAGUAGGAUUGACAACCGGGACGAAGUGAGGGCCGAUCACCGCCGGAUCCGGCAGGCCGAGAUUGUUUCAACUAUUGAGGAGGAGAAUAAGAGGCAGGAAGGUUUGGAUUUGGAAGAAGAGGAUGAGGAUGCAUUGGAGGAGCGAAGGCGGAGGAUUAGGGAGAGGUUGCUGCGGCAGCAGCAGGAGGAGGCAGCAUUACUGCCGGAGGAAGAGGAAGACGAGGCUGAAGAAGAGGAGGAAGAGGAGUCUGAAUAUGAAACAGACUCAGAGGAGGAGUUGACUGGUAUUGCUAUGGUGAAACCUGUUUUUGUGCCAAAGUCGGAGAGAGACACGGUGGCAGACCGGGAGCGGCUUGAGGCAGAGGAGCGUGCACUUGAGGAAUCAGUUAAGAGGAGAUUGGAGGAGCGAAAGGUUGAGACGAAGCAAAUUGUGGUUGAGAAGAUUAGGGAGGAUGAAGAGAUUUUAAAGAAUUUGGAAGUGGAGGCAAAUGCUGCUGAUGUAGAUACUGAUGAUGAAGUUAAUGAGGUGGAGGAGUAUGAAGCUUGGAAGGUGAGAGAGAUUGCAAGGAUCAAGAGGGAUAGGGAGGCCCGGGAGGCAAUGUUGAAGGAGAAGGAAGAGGUCGAGAAGGUGAGAAACAUGACUGAAGAGGAAAGGAGAGAGUGGGAGAGGAAGAAUCCCAAACCAGCCUCAGCACCCAAGCAAAAGUGGAGGUUCAUGCAGAAGUAUUACCACAAGGGAGCUUUCUUCCAGUCUGAAGUAGAUGAUGUUGCUGCUACUGCUGGAUCUGAUGGUAUUUAUGCUCGGGACUUUUCUGCUCCUACUGGAGAAGAUAAGAUGAACAAGACCAUAUUGCCUAAGGUCAUGCAAGUCAAGCACUUUGGUCGCAGUGGAAGGACAAAAUGGACCCAUCUUGUCAACGAGGAUACAACAGAUUGGAACAAUCCGUGGACAUAUAAUGAUCCUCUUCGAGCAAAGUACAAUGCAAAAAUGGCAGGGAUGAAUGUGCCGAUAGCAAAACCCAAAGGAAGCAAGAAAUUGAAGGACUGGGAUUCUCGUUAAAUUUUUUAGAAAAUUUUACUCUGUCCUAUGCCAUUCAUCCAAGAGAUUGCUAACACAUAUGUUAUGCUUGUCUACCUUUUUCUUUUCAUGGCAAUCUGAGUAGCCUUGGUCAUGUUGCAGUACAGUUGUUUAUGCGUCUCUGAUCCGUGAAAUUUCAUAUAAUAGAGUAGCAUUUUGGAUAUUUUGAGUUC